AUGAAACGAUCACGAAAUGUGUUGACACACUCCGAUUCGAAGAAUUAUGAUUUUGCAUCCAUCAAGGAUGAAUCGCAACAACAAAAACCUCAUGAAAAUAUAGCCCAAUUAUCCACCUUGCAUUCAUCCAAGUCAACAAACGGUAAUAGCAUGGAACAAGAAUACCAACCUACACAACCUCAAACAAAGAAGCAAAAAGUAUGGAGACAAGGGACUCUCCAUUUUCAUAGUGUAGGACGAACGGUUUCAUCACAUCAGCAGCCAAGUCGCGACUCUACUCCAUGUAGCGCAGAUUCUCCAAUAAUUAUCAAUGAUGAUGAUGAAUGUGAAAAUCAUGUGACUUCUUCGUCCUCUAAAACUGUUUUCAUGAAACAAACACAACUUGUUGAAACCUUUCUCAUCAAUGACAAGAUAACAGGUACUCAAGUGAAACACAUUUCGAAUUUUGUCUCACCACGUGACUCGAAAAUAUUAUUUAACAAAUUGUUGGAAAUGUGUAAAUUUCAGACUAAGGAUUACAAUUUUGGGGGCAAAGUUGUGACAUCUCCACGAAAAUACACCUUUCUCACGAAGGAGAGUCCUCAAUUUUACAUUCCAGAGCUUGUUCAAUUGAAAGAACGAGUUGAGAAGUAUACGGGAGAGGUGUUCAAUGGAGUCUUGGUGAAUCGUUAUGACAAUGGUCAAGAUUCAAUCAUGUGGCAUGCCGAUAAGGAAAAGUCACUGAAUCAAGGAUGUUCUAUCGUGUCAAUAUCAUUAGGUCAGGCACGAGAUUUUCAAUUCAGACCUCGAAAGGACGUGGCAGUGUACGACCAGAUUAAAUCGAUGGGAGUGUUGACAACGAAGCUGGAAGACGGCGCGAUGGUCAUUAUGAAUGAUAAAACGCAAUUGUAUUAUGAACAUUGUGUACCCAAGAGGAAGAAUGUACAUGGGAUGAGAAUUAAUUUAACGUUCAGGAAUAGCAAGUACUAUUAA